AGUUGGCAGCCCUGUCUGCAAAACGUCAAAGGAUACAAAGGAAAAUCGCAAACGUAAACAAUUUUUGUGUUAAAAUUUUAUAUUUUGUUAUUAGUUUUGUAAAUACAAAACAUUUCAUAUUUCAAUAAAGAGGCGUGUGUUGCAAUAGAUAUUUGCAGUGCAGGGCAUGUCUCUACGAUUCAUCUGUAUCGAGGUACGCCAAAGUCUGCGAUGUGCCAAUGUAUUUCUCCAGUUCGAUCACAGUCUAACCGAGACGGAAUUUCUCAAAAUUGUUGUAGACAAUGAUGCGCUGACCUUCCGUGAAUACUCAACAGCUACACGUGUUGUACUUAGCAAAUAUUUCACCGCAGAGGCGCGCACUAUAAGCAACUUGACUGUUGAAGAAUGUAAUGCCAGCUUUCGAUUAACCAUUACCAUUGAUGGUGAUCAAUUAACUGCAAAGGAUGCAGCAAAGCAAGUAAAAAAUGAACGACGUGUCGGUGUCACACCCAAGCCAGGUGUCACAGAAGGAAGUUGCAUUCAAGUCUUAUGCAAAAAUUGUAAAUGUGAACUUAGCACAACAUUUGAAUGCCAAAGAGUUAGAGAAUUCCCAUCUGGUUCGAUCGACAUCAGUGAAUUUUUUUGCCAUCAUGGUCCCAAUUUCGACAAAGUUUUAGUGCCCUUGAUUACCGAUUUAUUUUAUGGCUUCCAAUUUGCUGUACUUAAUGUGGAGUUGGUGCAGGAACGGGUAAAACUUAAGGAUAAACAUGUGUACUGUCGACGAUGUUUACAGUAUCUGGGGGAAACAAUGCUUAGUGAUAAGGCCGUGAAGUUGUGGACUGACACUCUGCUCUUAAAGCAGCGCUUAGAGGAAGCCGAAUCGAUCAUAACAAAUAUCUUUGUUGAAACGGAAAUCACACCAACUUGCCAGGUUUUAUACAAAAUCAUUGAUGACACUCAAGUAAACGAUGCUGUUGGAGAACUUUUAUUUCCAGCUAUUCAGUUCUGCAAAGUUCUAUUAGAAGCCACAUUUCCAAACAGGCAACGCAAAUAUAUGCUGUUGCAAGUGCUCGAAAAGAAAUUAGAGGUGCUGCGUAACACCAAACCACUCGCUCAUGGAAGUCACAACAAUAAUAAUGUAUUGCAAGUAGAAAUGGAGCAAUUCAAAUGCUUUAAACUACUUUAUAGACUACUGGAUGAGACGGAAGAUGAAGGUGGAGGAGAGGCCAAAACUGAAGAUAAAGACAGUGAUGCCAGUAGUAUCAGUAGUGACAAUUUACUAUUGAAGACUUGGAAAGAGGAUAUGUCCAUACAUGUACUAAAGGUGUCGCCCACAUUAUUUAGCACACUGUUAGACGAAUUGGAUGACAAUGCGCUAUUAUUACCCGAAUUGUAUCGUUACACCCAUGACCACUUUCAGCUGAGUUACAUAUUUUAUAAAGAUUAAAGAAAGAGUAAUGGAGCGAGAUUAAAUGACGAUGGACUGGCUUAAUUAUUUGCUUACAACUCUUUGUUAUAGGUUUAUUUGGAAUGUAUACAUUUCUACGUAUGUACAUAUGUAUGUACAUACAUAUAUUCACAAUUUUCGUGUUUAUUUAUAACCAUACACUUGCAAUGCGCUUAUUUUUUCUAAGAUUGUAAUCAACAAUUAAAUAGUAUGAUUUGUCUCUAAUUUUAAAUCGGAGUAGACUCAGAUUGGUAUACAUACUACAUACAUAGGU